AUGACCUCCAGCCUUCCCGCUGAGCACAAGGCCCUCUUUGUAGAGAGCAUCGAUCAACCAAUCGUCGUCAAGACGUUACCAACGCCACAGCCAUUCCAUGGCAGCGCCAUUGUCAAGGUUCUCGCGGCAGACAUCAUCUCCUACCACCGCGAGAUCUACAACGGCCAACGAAACUACGCCUUCCCGAAACCACUUAUCCCAGGAUCAAGCUGCGUAGGAAAAAUCGCCGCCGUAGGCCCCGAUUCCACAGCACUCUCACCUGGCCAGCUCGUGGUUGUGGACUGUGUCACUCGGAGCCGCGACAAUCCCGCAGAUCUUUUCCUCUCCGCCAUCAAUGACGGACUGAGCGACGGAAGUAAGAAAUUGAUGAGUGAGGUUUGGCGAGAUGGUGCUUUCGCCGAGUAUCAGAGAGUUCCGCUGGAGAAUUGCAUCUCAUUGAACGAGGAGAGGCUUUGCAGGGAGCUGGGAUACUCUUACGCCCAGCUCAUGUACAUCUCGCACAUGCUAGUGGCGUACGGUGGCCUGCGCGAUGUUGGGCUCGAGCCAGGCCAGACUGUGGUGAUUUGCCCUGCGACUGGUGGCUUUGGCGGAGCUGGCGUCCAUGUCGCCGCUGCAAUGGGUGCCAGAGUUGUUGCGAUGGGACGGAAUGAAGUGGAGUUGAAAAGAAUCAAGGAAACGAUCGAGAGCACCAUGCCUUAUAGCGCUGGCAUUGAGACAAUCAAGAUCACUGGCGAUGAAGCAGCAGACACAGCUUCCCUCCAACAACUCGGCGGCACCAUCGAUGCCAUCCUCGAUCUGAAACCGGUCGAUGCAGCCCAAUCUACUCACACAAAAAGCGCAGUCGCUGCACUCAAGUACGCAGGUCGAGUCAGCUUGAUGGGUCUCGCAGACGUUACCUCUUCGCCCAAGAUCAGGUGGCAGAUUAUCGGCAAGGACAUCAUGUUGAAAGGCAAGCUCAUGUACUCGAGGGACGACAUGAUCCAGUUUGUGAGAAUGAUGGAGCGGGGCCUGUUCCCGAAAGGUGAAGCUUUGGCUGAGGUGAAGUCUUUUGGGUUGGAGGAGCACGCAGCUGCAUUGGACGAGGCUGCCGCGUGGACUGGGCUGGGGAAGGCGGUCGUUUUCGAGCCGUGA